AUGUCCGACCACGGAAACGAAGAGCAAUCCGACAGUUACGGCGGAAAAUCUGAUACCUACGGUGAGAAACAGGAGAGUGGUUAUGGAGGUAGAGAUGAUGGUACUCAGUCUCGUGGAUAUGGCAGUACAGGAAGAGAUAACACGAGCAGUGGUCUAGGUGGUGAUGAUAAUGGUAAUGAUAAUGAGUCGGGUGAUGCUUAUGGCAACACUAGAGAGACUGGCUAUGGUAGUACCAGGAAGGAUGACACGAGCAGUGGCUUUGGUCAGGAUAAUACAGUAUCUGGUGAUAGCUAUGGUAGUACUUGGAAGGAUAAGACGAGUGGUGGCUUGAAUGGAGAUGGUGUCUCGUCUGGCGAUGCUUAUGGUAGUACCAGAAAAGAUGAUACGACAAGUGGGUAUGGUCAAGACAAUAUCUCAUCUGGAGAUGCGUAUGGCAGCACCGGAAGAAACGUUGCAAGAAGUGGCUUGGGUGACGACAUCUCAUCAGAGGAUACAUACGGUAGCACUGGAAGAGACAAUACAUCAUCUGAUGAUCAACAUGGCAGUUCCGGAAACGACAAUACAAGAAGCGGCUUAGGUGACGACAACGUCUCAUCCGGAGAUACGUAUGGUAGCACUGAGAGAGACAAUACGACAUCGGAUGAUACAUACAGCAGCACCCAAAAAGAUGAUACAAGCAGCAGCUACAACGAUGAUGUCACUUCCUCAGAUGAUACAUUUGGCUCUACCACGGGCGCCAGAAGUGAGUCACAUAAUAACGACAAGAUUGGUGGAUUUGGAGGAGUCGCUAGCUCUUCUGGUUAUGGUGAUGAUGUUACUGGUGAUCGUGAUGUCUCAGGUGGAUAUGGUGGAGACAAGAGUGAUUCUCAAGGUUUGGGUGAAAAUGAUGAUAAUACCAUUUCUGGAGGCUAUGGUGGUGGUAACAGUCAAACUUCUAGUGGUUAUAAGGCCAACAAGUCUGGUUGUGGAGAGGAAGACUAUGGUGACAACGACCAGACAAGCUCCGGUGGAUAUGGUGAUAAUGACCAGGGUAUGUCUGGAUUAAAGAAAGGCUUGGAAAAGGCCAAAGAAUUGUUCUAUAAGAACUGA